GAGGGCACAGGAUUUUAGUUGUAUGUCCCUGUUGGAAUCAGGACUGACAGAGCCCUAGUACUGAUCCCCCUCUGGGUGUGAGGCUGCGGGAGUUGCACAUAGAAAUCCUGUAUAAAGAGGGAGAAGCAGAAGGAAAAUGGUUCCUCUGUACCGGAGCCUCAUGCUCUUUAUUCUGCUGAAAUGUAUUUUCCCAGAAAUGGAUGGGUUCCUCAGUCGGGCCAGUGGUUCCACAAUAGAUUGGGAGAAUCUGUGCCACAGUGAAAUAGAAAUAAGCGCCGGAGCAGGAGAAGACGUCAUUCUACCAGUGAACAGACUGCAGACCGGAGCUUUUUCUUGGCGAUAUGAUAAUGGGUACCACUUCUUGAAAAUUGCUGAAACAGAACCAGGUGAAAAGAUAUGGGGCAUAGAGGAGCCAUUCACUGGGAGACUGAGCAGCACAGAGAAUGGCUCUUUAAUCAUCACUAAUGUAACCACCGAGGACCCUCGUACCUACUUUGAAUGGCCAAAAGGAAUAUGGACUGACUGUAUCCAGGAAUAUAAUCUCCGAAUCUACAAUAAUUUCCCACAAAAGGAUCCUAUUGUCAGGCGCAUAGAUUCCGUUCCUCUGCGAUAUUUUUGUGUAUCGGUAAUAGAAAUAAUUGUCGGAGAAGGAGGAGACGUGAUUCUACCAGUGCUCAAGGGGAAGACAUUCGAUUGGCGAUUUGAUAACGGAUACCAGUAUAGAAAAUUUGCUAAAACAAAACCUGAUGGGACCAUAUGGGACAUAAAGGAGCCAUUCACAGGGAGACUGAGCAGCACAGAGAAUGGCUCUUUAAUCAUCACUAAUGUAACCAUGAAGGACCCUCGUACCUACGUUGAAUGGCGAGAAGAACUAUGGCCUGACUGUAUCCAGAAGUAUUUUGUACGGGUUUACAAACCAUUAGAAGCUGAAGAUAUCCUGAUCCAUCACAAUGUCACUGGAAUGGGAACGUGUAACAUUACCCUGACCUGUGCCGUGGCCCAACCACAAGUGACCGUCUCUUGGGAUGAAACCAAUCAGAUCGGCACAGAGGUGGAAGGAGACACUCUUCACAUCUAUAAUGUAGAUACAAAUGUUACUUACAGUUGUACAGCACAGAAUCCCAUCAGCAGGGCCUCCAGAACCAUAAAUCCCUGGGAUCUCUGUUAUAAAGGAGCAGAGCCAGAGGGACCGAGACCUGCAACUGUUGCACCUUUCAGUGAGAAUGCGUUGGAAGAGAAUCAGAUCCUGAAAGACCAGGGUGUCCCACCUCCAGAUCUGGGAACGAUUUAAAAACAUCUUUGGAAGGUAAAACAAAAGGAAAACAGACAGUACAGAAAGGCCCCACAGCCACAAAUACCAGUUUUACACAGUAAUUGUACAAUAAUUGCUAAUUGCAGACAACAGUGAAAUGAUCAUUGGUGACUAAUGAGAUUCAGUUGUAUAUAUGUAUCUACCCACCCACGGCAUGGAAAUAGAUGGCCAACUCUUGACCAGCUCCUACUAAGGUCUCCUUCCAAGAAGCUCCAAGCUACUUUGCAGUCAGCCUCAGUCCCCCUCCCUAUACUCAAAAUGAUUCAGAAGAGAAUUAACGAAAUUUAUUUGGGGCUCCAAAAAACACAGAAUCACUCACAAAAUUCUAAGCUCCCCCAUCUCAUGUGGGGGCCUAGGUGCCCCUGAAAUAUAUAAGUAUUAUUUAGCGGCUCACCUACACCAAGCUGCAAGCAUGGUCAGACAGGGUAUAAUGUGGGAAAUGGGUGACUGUGGAAAAUGUGCAACCUUAUAAUAUUUCCUCCCUGCUAUGGAAUACAAAUAUACCCCCGGAUAUUAAGAAAAGCUCCUAAAUUCCAUAAAGCUGACUUUCUUAACAUGGAAACAGGCAAAAACCCACUAUAACUUUAUACAGGAACCAUACAGACUAAGCCCAGUGUUCGGAAAUCCAUGCUUUUAUUGUCAAAUCUUACGCUACACCAUGGAAAAACCUUGGUUUAACACAACUAUAUAGAUUUCAGGACCUUCAGAAAAAUUUGGUAUUACCAAUAUUCUGUCAUACCAAUAUAUCCAGAUCCAUCAUUUCAUACAGCAACUGGGUGGUACCCAACUGCCAUUGGACCGCUCCCCGUUUGACUCUAUUGUCACUACCCAAACUUCCAGAACAGGUCCCAUCUCCAUAUAUACAGUUUACUUACUACCCCCUCUGAGAAGGACCUUGUUAAACGUAAUUAUAUGCUCAGAUGGGAACACACUAGAGAAAAAGAAUUACCACUUACCACAUGGAGUAGGAUAUGGGACAACCUUAGGAAAGCCUCAGCCUGUGUUAUACACAAGGAAACAAACUAUAAAAUCCUAAUGCACUGGUACAUGGCCCCCGUAAGGCUGCAUGCCAUAUAUCCAAACACACCCUCCACAUGUUGGAGACAAUGUGGAGAAGAAGGCACAAUAGACCAUAUAUUCUGCAAAUGCCCGGCCAUAAGAGAUUACUGGAAAAUGGUAUCAGCCCCCCUGGAACCACUAUGGGGAGAAAUCUGCAGCUAAUCUAAUACUAACAGCAGCCAAAAGGCUACUAGCCCAGAACUGGAAGAAAACAGCCCAUCCGACAAAAAUAGAACUAGAAGCUGCAGUUUGGAACAUACGCGAAUGGUAUAUAUAGCAGCUCUCCACCAAUCCCGAACCAUGAUUUUUAACAAAAUCUGGCUACCAUGGGACGUGUUAUACCCGCUAGCCGGGCAAAUCAUUACUUCAGACUCUUCACCCUAAAUAGAGAAAUGACUACUAAGACUCAAACAGGCGAGCCUGACUCAACCGAAACUAACACCCUCUCCAACAAGCCCACCAUAGUUAAAGCAGACACGGACCCCCGGACUAACCAUUAACCCAAAUAUUUGAUAUCUCAUAUUUUGUCAACGCAGAUUUUAUUUUUAUUGUUCUCCCUUUUCCUCUCUCUCUCCUGUCUCCCCUUCCCUCUCUGAGCCCCUCUCUUCCCUUAUUUCUUACUUCAGCAAUUUACAGAAUUGUCACAAUCUGUGUGGUUAAAAAAUAUAAAUAAAUAGUUAAAAAAAAAACAACAAA